UAUCCCACAAUGCACCGGGAGGGACUCAAGGCGCCUUUUGCAGCGCCUGCAUGUCAACAAGCAAAAAAGGGGAGAGACACUCUGCUUCAUUUAAAACCGUCCCAUGCAUGAAUAUAACGAAGACUGUAUUUCCUGGGACAGUACUUGUGUAUUUCAUUUGUUCGCUUUGAAGGCUUUUAAAGUUCCUGAAGGCCGACAUGGCUCCGUUCAGCUUCAUGUCAGCGAGCUUUAGCUUGUUGACGAAGUCCUUCAAUGUCUUCUCCAACACCAGCACCCUGACGAGGUGUACCAGUGUUUUCCAGACUUCAUUCUUCAACCACGUGAAGUGUCUUAGUUCUCAAGCCAGUGGGCCUCCAAAGAGACCUCUAAAUGGAUACAUGAGAUUUGUUCUGCAACAGCAGCCAGUUGUGACGAGACAAAACCCAGAAGUCAAAGCUGUGGACAUCAUCAGGAAGAUCGCCCAGCAGUGGAGGACACUGAGCCCAGAGCAGAAACGGCCUUUUGAGGACGCCUCUCUUCGGGCCAGGGAACAGUUUAAAAUGGACCUUCAGCAUUACCAGGCACAGCUGACUCCAGCACAGCUCCAGCAACAAACCCUGGAGAAGAAGCAGAAACUGGCCAAGAGGAGGGCCAUUCGCAAAAAGAGGGAGUUAACCAACCUUGGGAAGCCAAAACGUCCACGAUCCUCAUUCAACAUUUUCAUGUCGGAGCACUUUGAGGAAGCCAGAGGAAAAACAAUCCAGGACAAGAUGAAGUCACUGAGGGACGACUGGAGGAAUCUGUUCACUCAUCAGAAACAGGUCUACACGCAGCUGGCCGAGGACGACAAAGUCCGCUACAAGAACGAGAUGAAGUCGUGGGAGGAGCACAUGGUGGACAUCGGACGAGAGGACGUGAUCCGAGAGCAGACGCUGUCCGCCCACAGAAAGGCCGCCGCUCAAAGCAAGCCAGCGAAGAAGAAAGCUACGGCUCAGGCUAAACCAGCGAAGAAGGCUGCAGCGAAGUCCAACACGACAAGGAAGACGAGCAAAAGUAGCACCGCAAAAACUGUCAGGACAACGAAGAAGAAGUAACGUGUUAAAGUCUACUGAGUUUAGAGAGGAGAAGUGUUUGAGUGACAGCUAGAGGAAAGUUGAGAUGACGGAGGGAGACGCUCCACCUGUUUCAAAAGGAUCCCAGCUGGAGGUUAAACGGAGACAAAGCUUUUACCAAAUUCAGACAGAUAAAACUACAACUCCCUGUUAAUGCCUCAUUCAGUGAAAUCUAAUCAGACAAAGAAAACAAAAAAAGCAAGAUUAAUACAGUCAACAUAAACACACACUGGCUCUGUUUGAUAGGUUAAGAAAACAAGUGACCUGAUGAAAUGUAAGGGAGAAGUGUUAACGUGAAUGUAGAAGGCACUGAUAACCAUUUUGUACCUUUUAUUUUUUGUUUCAUAGAUCUGGGUUUAACCACUGUAAAAAUGUUCAAGAAAAUAAAAGUUAACGGUUUCUGUCCCAAAAAUAUCAAACCUUUUCUAUUUUUGGUGUUAAUGCAGAGAAAAGGUCAGGAGGUACGCUGGGUUUGUGGCUCUCAGCUUCGAGCACACAAGUUCCUACUGGAGAAAAAACAUCUCAAGAGCUCCUCACAUAUGUAAAGAAGCUCCAGGCAUUUCCCUAAAUAGCUUGAUGCUAGUUUUUAGCAAACACGAGAUGUAUUUUGGGGUCAUGAAGAAAUAAUAAGUAUAAAUACCAGCAUCUAGAAAGUGUUGGCUGUGUAAGUAUUCUCUCCACAGGGCGGCGGCUCAGUAUCCCUGGAUGUAAAGGUUCAGACAGCACUUCCUCUAAAGAGCAGAUAGAAUCAUGGGUUCCCAUCAUGCAGCCAGGAUCAACUCGUCGAACCUUUCAUCCUUAAGUUCAGCGUAAGCUUGUACUGUUGCAACACCCCUGAACUGUGAAAAGUGACCGUUUGUCUUUCAGGACAUCAAUCACAUUUUGACUGACUUUUUUUGUAUUUUUAAGAAUUAUGCAUUGUACCGGUCGAGCUUUGUAUGAGUUGCUUUUUUUCUGUUACCAGCUGUAAAAACAAAACAAACUGUUAUAGCGGAUAAUAAAACGUGCUUUUUGUUCCCAG